GCGGCCAUCUUGCGAAGUUGUUUUUUCGUUGAUUUGAGAAUUUUAGCCUUACCUGAAAAAUGCCCAAGGUUGUGUCCCGCAGUAUAGUGUGCUCUGACACCAAAGACAAAGAAGAAUACAAUCAAGGCGCAACAACUUUGACUGUUUAUCACUGUCUAUGCGGACAGAUGGCUUUGAUUCUAGACAGUACCCUUGAAAAGCUUCCUUUGCGAAGAACAGACCAUGCAAGAGUCAUAGACGGUUCAAAACAUGCUUACAAGCUCACAUGUGAUGAUGGCGACACUGUUUUUUUAAGAAGGCCAGGUGGUAUUGAGAGACAAUUCCGUCUAAAAUGCAAAAAGUGCAAGCUAUGGCUGUUUUACAGAUCAUUGAAAAAGGACCAAACUGUUACUUUUGUAGUAGAUGGAGCAUUGAUUCAAAGUGGAGAUAACCAAGUUACCAAAACUGUUAAACCCAAGGCAAAUAAGGUCAUGGUCACAAAGAGAACAAAGGAAUUUGGUAAAUUUAGCUCUGUGACUGUGUCUACUAUUGAUGAGGAAGAAGAAGAAAUUGAGCAGCAUGAAGUUGCAUCAUCAUAUGCUCACAAUGCCCAGAUAAUUGAAAAGCAACUUGAGCGAAAAACAACCGCACAGAAAAGGGCAGCUAUAGACCAGAUUAAAGAGGAUCAAUCUAAGAAACCAAGAGGUACACUCAUUGAUCGAGACUAGUCUCGAGUGAUGAAUGUCAUCCACCUCCAAUUAAGAUGUAACAAGAAGUGCCUUGCCGUAGUGGGCCUCAAAAUCUUGUUGGAGAUAAAGAGUAACUGGAAACAGAUUAUCAUGAUCCAAUGCUUCAAUAUUUGAUGACAACAGUUGACCAGUGGUCAGCAAUUCCUUUUAAGUGUAGAGACUUUAAGAGCUACAGGUAGAGUUCGUUUCAGUCCAAUUGUAAACUUUGGUAGCCGGAUACAAUGCACUGAAAUUAUCUAACAGUUACCUACAGAGUAUUGUACAGAGUUUUGAGUUCUUGAGAGAGAAUGGUGUAUUUGAAGAUCGUAAAAAUUAUUCACGAAGUCUUGAAAAGGAGGGAAAAAUCUGGGGAGUUUCCCAAGCAGUGGCACUAAGUACUUCGUCACUGCACAGUAUGUGAUAAUUUUGAGAAGCUUAAAAUGUUAUAAAAUACCUCGACACACACGUCGCGCAUGCCCGUUGUUUAAGCACUGUGUUAUUUAUUACAUCUCUUGCCUUUCAUACGGAAGUACAUAAAACGCAAUUGUCUCCACAGACCCUAUAAUGGAUGAACACCUUGAUUGUUUUUGUCUUUAGUUUAUUUAUAGUCAAUGUACAAAGGAGGCAAUACUUUUUUAGAUUAAUUUAAAAAAAAUCCCUCAAUUUUUUAGCCUCUUUUGUUUGAAAUUGUCACAGAGGCAGUUCUUAAGCAAAAUUAUUCUAAGUUUGCUUUAUGUACUAAAUUAAUUAACAAGCAAAUGGAAAAAAGAAACACAUUAAAAACAAUUUCAUCGCGAUGU